AUGAAAUCGUUUGUGACGCUGUGCCUUCUGGCGGCGCUAGUGGCGGCGGUGACCUGCCGACCCGAACAGCAGGCAGCCGCAGAGGUCAUCAAAUCAGACGCUGACCAGCCUGUGGCCUCCAAAGAGGGGGACCUGGAGGGCUCUGAAAGCUUAUUGCUCGGACGUCUUUUGGGAGGCGGCCUCCUGAGGGGAGGAAUCGGAUACGGCGGUCUCUACGGCCGCUAUCCGUACGGAGUAUAUCCGUAUUACGGAUAUCCGUUUGGAGGAUUCCCUUACGGAGGAUUGCCCUACGGAGGAUAUCCGUACGGGGUGGGGCCCUACGGAUUUGUUGGAUAAUAUCCGUGCUUCUGAUCCUUUGUGUCUCUUCUGUGUGUAUACCCAUGCUAAUUCUUCUUCCG